AUGGCCGAAGCUGCCGAAGACCCACAGGACUUUGCCAAAUCCCCGACUGCACCGAGCAGUCACCUGCAUGAAAUAUCCUCCGGACCUCAAAGCAAAAAACGCAAUGCCUUUGCUGAGCUGAUGGCGCCCAAGCCCAAGGCAGCCAGGCCAGACGCUUCCUCGAGCCGGUCACCAGCCGGCAUUCCUUCCCCUGCGCACAAGAGAACCAAGAAUUCGGGAGGUAAAACAACAAGGUCAAAAUGGAGCGGUGCCUUGCUCGAGUACAUAGACCAUCCCGACCGCUUUCCCCAGCAGGUUAUUCGCGUGACGGACAAGACGGUGCUAAUCCGUGACGGCUUCCCCAAGGCCACCGUCCAUCUUCUGCUCAUCCCCCGGUCCCCUGAUCAUUACGAUCUGCAUCCGCUCCAAGCUUUCCAAGAUAAGGACUUUCUUGCCAUGAUGCGAGACGAAGCUGCCAGCGCCGCCCGCCUCGCUGCUGCCGAGCUCCAACGCAAUAUAUCAACCUUUUCUGUAUCGAGCAAAGCACGCAAUGAAGCCAUGGACAAAGGAGUUCCUUUCGACCAACUUCCGCAAGGCCGGGAUUACCUGUCAGACAUCCGUAUCGGCGUGCAUGCUCAUCCUUCCAUGGACCAUCUUCACGUGCACAUCAUAUCGCGCGACAUGCAUUCAGACAAGCUCAAGCAUCGGAAACACUACAACAGCUUCAACACGCCCUUUUUCAUUCCUCUCGAGGAUUGCCCGCUCGCCGAGGAUGACGAACGACGCAAUACAUCCUUCCAGAAUGGAAACCUGGCCAAGGGAUUUGUUUGUUGGCGCUGUGGACAGGAAUUCGGCAACAAAUUUGCCGAGCUCAAGAGGCACCUUGAGACCGAAUUUGCGCACUGGAAAUCAGAGUAA